CGCCAUCCCGUCGACACAGGCGUCGCAAUAGCGAGAAUGCGACCUUACAUUACCGAGGUUUAGCACGUGCGCUUCCCAUGGAGACCGACUAUCGACUGGCAAGCGUGGCAGCUUCAGUCUGCAGCCCUCUGGUUAGUGUAAGUUGCCACUCGAGGUGCUAGCACGUCGGUCCGACCACUGGUGGGCCAUCAGACCAGCUCGAAGUGACCCCAUCGGAGUCCGACUCGGACGGGAUCACUUCGAGCUGGUCUGACAGGCCGUCGGUCGAUGAGAAGCUGAUCUCCACCGCUUCUGCGUGGUCGCACGUCGCACUGCAACACGUUACUGCAACGCGUCGAGUUUGAUGCCCCUGAUGACUCGCACCUAAGAAGGAUCCACUACUUGCACUGGUAGCAUCGACCUGCUGCCAGUGUCCGUCUAUUGGCAGCGUCUGUGCAUACGUCAAAAUCGAGCUUGAAGCUUGGCGGCACCACUUCACAAUCCCCAUUCGACACCGACAUGAUGGAGACGCUCGCGCACGGCAUCGCAGGCAGCGCAGUGCGUGCUACUUGUCUUGAAUGCUCGUGGUGAUGGCGCAGCUGACAUUAUGCUGCUGUUGCAGGGUGGCAUGCUUGCCAUGGCGCUGCUAUAUCCGCUGGACCAGAUCAAGACCAUCAUGCAAGUGGAGGCCAGGGAGCCUGAAGAAGAUAAGGUUGAGCAGCAGAGCGACGAAACAGACGUGACCAAGUCUAAAGCCCCGACAAAGCGCGCAUCGAGGAACUUCUGGACGCAAGUUGUGGAAAUCCUCAAGGAGAAGAAGUGGAAGGUUUAUCAGGGUCACGUGUCAACGCAGGUCGCUCUCGGAGGGUCGAACUUCGUCUACUUUUUCUGCUACAAUGGCUUAAAGACGCAAUUGCUGAAGCGACUGCAACAGCAGAAUCGACAGAUGAGCGGCAACAUUACGCCUGUGCAGAACCUUGUGCUUUCGUGCCUUGCCGGUGUUAUCAACGUGUACAUUUGUGCGCCGCUAUGGGUUGCCAACAUGCGUCUCAAGUCGAGAGAUGCCGCAAAAUACUCAGGCGUACUUGAUUGUGUGCGCAAAGUCACCGCAAACGAAGGCUGUUUCUCGCUUUGGAACGGCACGCUGGCAUCGCUGGUGCUGGUGUCCAACCCAGUCAUUCACUAUGUCAGUUAUGAGCGCAUGAAGAUCGCGCUUCAGAAGAAACGUCACGCCACAGGCCCCGCUGGAGCCGCGCUCUCCGCAUUCGACAUCUUCGUGCUUGGUGCGUUGGCCAAGUCGUUCACGACUGUUGUGACGUACCCGCUGCAAGUUGCGCAGUCACGUAUGCGCGUGAAGCAGAAAACCUCAAAGUCGGUAGAAGCAGAAGUCGAGGGGUUGACAGACUGCCUCGCCCAGAUCUACGCCGACAGAGGAUUGGCCGGUUACUUUGCUGGACUUCAGGCCAAGCUGCUGCAAACGGUGCUGACCGCGGCGAUCUCUCUUGUCACGUACGAAAAACUGCUGGCGCUUAUCUUGCUGAUGAUGCGACAGCCGGCGAAACCUGCACUUGCGCAGAAGGCUGCGGCGUAGUGAUCUAUCCAAGCAUGUGUGAUGCUAAUUUUUUUUUGCUGUAUUGACAAGAAUACACCAUGCGAUAGCUGGCUCUGGCACACAGUUUCGAUGCGCGCUUGUCGAAUGUGGCGUUGUUGUGACUUGAGCGAAGGUGGCGCCGUGAGCUGCAAUGUUCAACUUGACACCGCGAACUCAAGGAAACUUGGCGUCCGUAUUGAUUCGUUCACAGAGGAUGGUAAUCUAAGAUUCAGCAUGAUUUCAUUUGAGCUGGAACAAACAUAGCAAAAGUGAAUGCUGUGUUAAAAAAAUAAUAAUGUAGCAAGUAAGAGAUCGCGCGAGGAUCACCCGCGUCUUCAUUUACAAAGGGCUUGGAAGUACAGGUGAUAAGUGAC